CAGAUAUAUAUAUGUAGCAAGUACCAACUUUUGCCUGAGUUUAUUCAGUCUUUGACGUUCAAGACAAUUUUUAUCAAAGUCUUUCAGCCUUCUGUCUGUGCUUCUGUUUCUGAUUUUAAGUUUUGAGUUGUUAAUUUUCAGAAAUUGUAUCAAUACAGCAGUGCAUUUUAUUGCUAAGCAGUAUGCGGCAUAACUUAUCUCGACAACUUUCAUUUAUGACAUUAUGACUAAUGCAAGAUGAUGUGUAUCGCUUUAAACUAAAUUUAUGCAUUGUCGGAAGAAUAAAAUCUAAUUUAACAUGUCUGAAGUAAAAGGUACUAAAGCUCUGGAGCUAUGGUGCAAGCGCUUGGUAAAGGAUUGUCCUGAUGUUCAUAUAGAUAACAUGACAACUUCCUGGAGAAAUGGCAUAGCGUUCUGUGCGCUAGUUCAUCACUUUAGGCCUGAUUUGAUUGAUUUAUCAAAAUUAAAUCCUGAAAAUAUUUAUGAAAACAAUCAAUUGGCUUAUAAUAUUGCUGAGAAACAUUUGGGAAUACCCAGUCUUCUUGAUCCAGAAGAUAUGGUUGAAAAUGAUGUUCCGGAUAGACUAUCAAUACUGACAUAUUUAUCCCAGUUUUACCAACGUUUGGGACACACAGUGAAUACUAAAGUUAGUGAAACAGACUCAAAGCUUCCAUCAGCGGCUUCUACUCCUACAAGCACUCCCAUCAAAUUUGGAAAAGUGGCUCUCGAUAAAUGUACUGUAUGUGGACUACCUGUAUAUUUAGCACAACGACUUAUCGUCUCACAAAAGCUAUAUCACAGAAGAUGUUUCCGUUGUUCCACUUGCUUGGGACACUUGAAUCCUAAAAACUUUCAUGUUAUAGAAACAAAUAAAUUCUCUUGUGAUUCCUGUAAAAACGAUAGGAACAUGUCUAAAUAUUUAAAUAAUAAUGAUCAAAUGGGAAUGCUGGCUUUUACGAAUGAUGUGCAUGAGACAUCCCAAGCAGAGCCAAACACUUCCAAAUUAAAGUCAAGACCACAAUCAAUUUUAGAGAAAAUAAAUAUGUUUGAAAAUAUUGAUAAAGACAAUGUAAAUAAAAUAGAUGAAAAUCUUUCUAGUAUUAGUUUAAAAGACAAUCAUAAUAAUAUAAAUAAGUCUAACAUUGAGGUCAAUAUACUAAGUGGACCUCAAAACACGGAAAGUAUUAGUGUAGCUGAUAAUGUAAAAGAAAAAGUAGGUUUGAAUUCUGAAACUCAUAAUUCUUUUAACAGUGAACAUGAAAAGGUUUAUAAAACAAACAAAGAUAAAUUUAUUUUUUUACAAACUCAACUAUCAGAUGAUAUUCCAGAUUUGAAAUUAGCAGAUACUAGUAUAGAAAAAAGUGUUACGCAUAUCAAUGAUAUGAUAUUGGAUAAUCUAGACAAAUCUCACCAAAUAUAUCAAAAGAUGAAUGAUGAUGAGAAUAGUGAAAUAAUAUCAAAAGAUGUAAAACUCGAUAGCAAUAUUACAGAUGAUAGUAGACUAGCUCAAAACAAUAUAACUAUAACGAAAGAACUAGACACAAAAGAAAAUAUAUCAAAUGAAGAAGAAAUAAAAAUUUGUGUUCCUCCUCGAAGAAAAAAACUUAACUCAUCCAAUAAAGUCGUAGAAAAGACGCAGACAAAAUUAAAUAUCGAAAAUGUGGAGUAUCCAGACCACCUCAACCCGUUUUCAGAAGACGAAGACGAGAACGAAGAAUCGGAAAAGCCAGUCAAAACAAGCACAAAUCCUUUUGGAAGUAGUGAUGAGGAAGAAGAGACAAUUUCACAAAGUGUGCAGAACCAUCCAAAUAACAAUGCAACAUCAGAAAAUGCAACUUCAACACCUGUCAAACGUCUAAUAAAAGCUUAUAAUCCCUUUUGGUCUGACGGAGAAGAGCCAUCGUCUGAUGAAGAAACCACUACAAAAUGCUCAAGUAUGCACAAGUCUCCUCUAACGACGAGUACGCCGAACCUGCCCGGGGGCACGCCGCGCCGCCGCAAACCCCGCGCCCCCGCCCCGCCCCCCAUCGCCGAGCGCCUCGACCUCCCCUCCACCUCCAUGGACGACGUCGCCAGCAUAUCCUCGUACAGCUCACACAACUCCACCAUACAUUCUGAUCAGAAGUCAUACGGCGGCCACACCCCGCGGCUGAAGAAGCGCGUGGCGCCGACGCCGCCGGACAGCCUGUCCACACUCUCUGGACUUGAAAGCCUGGACCGGAGCACGGAUUCGCCAGCGCGACUCAGCACAGACGGUACGGUUCGGAAGAAAGGGCCAGCGCCGGGGCUCCCACUGCCCGAGCGACGAGAGGUAAAGCUAACACUGCCGCCCGAAGAACUACAGGUGCAGCUGGAGCUGCUGGAGACGCAGCAGCUGGGUCUGGAGCGGCAGGGCGUGCUACUGGAGCGCAUGAUCCGCGACAAGUGUGAGGGUGAGGACGGUCCCACCGCGUCCCCGGAGGAGAUAGAGGACCUGGUGAUCCAGCUGUGCGAGCUGGUCAAUGAGAAGAACGACCUGUUUCGGAAACAGACAGAACUCAUGUAUAUACGAAGGCAACAGCGGUUAGAGCAGGAGCAGGCAGAUAUAGAGCACGAGAUACGAGUCAUUCAGUCCCGACCCGCUGUCAACCGCAUUGACGCUGAUAAGGCGCGCGAGGAGCAGCUGGUGUGCCGGCUGGUGGAGUGCGUGCGGCAGCGCGACGAGCUGGUGCAGCAGCUCGACGCCGAGCGACGCCGCGAGACGCGCGAGGACCGCGCCAUCGCCGCCUGCAUCGCCAGCAGACGAGCUCAACGUAACAGUGAGUCGAACAGUUCGUCGAUGAAAUCUGCCGAUGCCGUGUCACCGGUCAAGAAGAGCAAAGUCAAGGAUAAAGUUAAGAAGCAACUGAAAAAAGCGAAACAUACACUUAUCGCGAAAAAGAAAACUGACGAAAAACCGGAAAAAGAAAAGAAACCCAAGUAACUUAAUAUCGUUAAUAACAAAUGUAUGUAUUUUAUAAUAUAAAAUAUUAUAUGCCCGCUACGUAGAAAGCAUUAUCAUACAGCACUGGGUAGAAUAAAAAUCGAAAAACUACUUAAAGGCUUACAAAGGAAAGUACUUAAGAAGACUGAGACAUUCCACUAAAUUGUAUAGUUAUAAGUUAUAUAAAUAUGAAAUAUCUCUAAAGAGAACACAAUAUCAAAAGUUUAAUUAAUAUUUAAUACUAAGUAUGAAGAAUAAAAAGAUUGGUUACUAUGUUAUAUGUAGAUAAAGUAUUUGGUAUUUGUAAUCAGAAUGAAGUCCACCCUUUUGUAUAAGCCCCUAGACGAUUAAUUUUAUUG